AUGCUUCCAACCCCUCCCUUCCUCUUCACCAGUGAAACAAUUCUGGUGUACAUCUUCCGACCACUCCUCUUUACCGGUGACCACCAGAAUCCCGCAAGCACAUACCACAUAACAGGUCAAGUGAUAUUAGUGAGCAUUGAAGCGGGUAAAGAGAUCACAGAUUAUGCACUUGAAUGGGCUGUUCGAAAUGUAAUCAAGCCUAUGGAUUCUUUGAUUCUACUUGUGAUCAUCUCUUCUCAGGAAUACAAUCCGAAUCCAAUCAAGAAUACUCAACCCCGACAUUCUUCUAAAGGAUUAUUUUCUCGCAUGUUGAAGAAACGGAGUAGUGGGAAAUAUGACAUGUCGGAUAAGGAUGGAUUUGUAGACGAUGGACGUGAUAUACCACAACGAAUUUAUAAUGUGUGUGCACAAAUGAUACACCACGUUUUCUCCCUUCACAAAGUAGUCAAGGUUCAUACCGAAGUAAAAGUGGUAGCGUAUGCCCCGGUGGGGUCAGUGGCUAUGGUAGCAACAGAACAAUGUGCAAAAUGGGUGAUUCUUGAUGAACGCUUGAAGAACGAAGCAGAUUGUUGCUUAAAGCAGUAUUUGAAUUGCAAUGUCGUGCUUAUAGAAGGUCCCUUUCACAAGAUCCUUCGAUCAGUGAACUUCCCACUGAAUAUGAACAUUGAUCAGGAGCAGAUCCCGACUAUGGCUGAUAUGCUUGGUACUUCUCCAGCCUACAAGCAAGUUAACGACACCAAUCUUGUAACUGGAUCAGAUCUCAUUCCAAGCUCAUUCAACACACAAAACAGUUCAUUUUUUUCAAGUUCAUCGUCUACUACCAUUGAAUAUUUUUCAGAAAAGACUAUGUCUCCAGUUGCAAAGUCCAAACCUCCUCGACAAAAGCAGUAUCUAAAAUCACAGCAGUUGAAUCAGAUUCCUGAGUUUGAGGUUAAGGUCAGUAGAAGAUCGGUAUCUGGUCCUCUAGAAGUAAGAACGGAUGGAAAUGGAAAUCAUUCCAAAUUUAAGAAUGGUGAGGUACCUAAUCUUUUAAUUCAUUCUUAA